UGUGAGUCUUGUUGUCGGGGCUCCCAAAGCCAACACUAGCCAGCCUGGCAUCACAGAGGGUGGGGCCGUGUUCCUUUGUCCUUGGUCAUCAGGAGGAGGGCAGUGCCAAGUCCUUUCAUUCGACUCCACAGGUGAUAAAACGUACCUGGAUGAGGCACAGCAGACCUUACAGACCAACAAGUCUCACCAGUGGUUUGGAGCCAGCGUGCGAUCUGAACAGUCUCACAUUGUGGCCUGUGCACCUCUCUACAGAUGGAACGUCAUCAAGGCCAAUGACGAGUCAGGAUCGACUGAAGUGGGCAGCUGCCGCUUGGCACGGAUGCAAGGGCAGAAGAGCGAGAUUGCGGAGUUUUCGCCCUGCCGCAGCGAGUAUACCAAUAAAUACUACACAGACCGCGGAAACUACGGAGAUCGUCGGUACUGUGAGGUGGGAUUCAGUGUCGACUUAACCAAGGAUGGGAAGAUUGUGAUGGGAGCUCCUGGAGGUUAUUUUUUUAUGGGCCAGGUCAUUGUCGCUGAGGUAACCACCAUCUUCAAAGAAAGCAAUCAAAGUCUGACGCAGUCGCUGAGCAGAGAAGCACAGACCUAUGAAGAUCGCUCCAGCUCAUACGACGGAUAUCAAGGUUAUUCAGUGGCAGUGGGCGAAUUUACAGGAGACUCCAUUCCAGACUACGUUGCUGGCAUCCCACAUGACCGAGAUGCGUCUGGCACGGUAAGCAUUCAAAAUUCCUGAUUCGCAGUAACAGUGGGCACCAGUCUGCUGUGACUUGGGGGCCACCAGACCUGUUAAAAAAGAAAAAAACAAAAAA